CUUACAAUCAGUCCCUGUCACGUGACUCAUGAUGAGCAUCCAGGGGUCUCUGUAUAAAUAACUUCAUCCAUGAAGCGGUGCGGCCAAACUCCACAAGAGCUGCAAGAAGACUCAAGCUGGAAAGAUUCACAUGAGACUCAGCCCCGCAGUUUGAGCGCUUUUAAGAAAAAAUGGAGCACCUGGAAAACUCCACAGCUUCACCCAAACGCAUCUUUGCGGACACACCGAGCAGCAUAAACCCCCAGGCGGACAAAAGCGACGGGAACGCAUACCUGUACAUCCUCAUAGUCAUGUCUUUCUACGGAAUCUUCCUCUGUGGCAUAAUGCUCGGCUACUUCCGCUCCAAGAGGAGGGAGAAGAGGAGGAUCAACAUCUUCACGCGCCUUGUGCACGAGGAGGAGCAGCGGGAGUGGGGCGCGCUGCCAAAGAAGCACAGCGUCACCUUUCCGGUCGCCGCCACCGGACUGCGCUCGGUGGAGGUGUCCCUGCCAUUCUGCGGUAACCACGGCAACCACUUCGGACACCUGCGCUACGAGGGCGCGCUGCCCUCUCCGCUGGCGUGCGCGCUGUGCACGGAGCAGAGCAGCAUCAGUUCCCUGUGCUCUUCCGCGGACACGCGCUUCGCCAUAGAGGAGGAAUCGGACAGCGGCACGGCGGAGGAACCGGAGGAGGCCAUUAAGGCGGGAUCUGAGAACAGCGGAGACGAUUCAGGCUGAACUCCGAUGUGUCAACUCAAAAAAGAGAGGACGAACAUCACCUGGAGAGAAGACCAGGCCAAUCAGCCCCAAAUAUACAUCCUCUGUUUGCCAUAACCCCCCC